AAAGUAGACCUAAACAAAGGUGAUAAACAAGGUUGAAAGAUUUACGUCACUGAUUUGCUGUUCGAAAUAUAUAUACAGCUAAUUCCAACAAAUAAUUUCUAUGCUGUCUGAGGUUGUCAGCCAAUGAGAAUGUGAUCUGUACUAUGAUAUUGGUCUCUAUGUGUAGUACAGUAUUUAUCCUCUAGUCACCUAUAUGGAAAUCCAGGGUUCUAACUUGGUUAUUCUCUUCAAAUCUGGAACAUCAGAUGACAAUGACCCCUACCUAAAGAUAUUGGAUAGACAUGGUUUCCGGGGGCACUGCAUACCCAUCCUAGAUUUCAAUUUCAUUAACCUUGUCCAGUACGGUCAGCUUCUGAAGAAACUGGACAAAUAUCUGGCCAUCGUUUUUACUAGUCCCCGAGCCGUGCAGGCUACGCAGAUGGUGCUUAGUUCAGUGGACAUUCCAUUGAGCUUCAUUAAGAAAGUGAAAUGUUAUACAGUGGGAAAAGCUACUGCCCAAGCAGCCAAAAAAUUGGGAUUUGACCCAUCGGGUGAAUGUACUGGAAAUGCACAACUUUUGUCAGAGUUUAUUGUUCAAGAUAGUGAGUGUGCAGAGAACAGAGAGGUGCUAUUUCCUUGUGGUAAUCUGUGUAGAGACGUAAUACGUGAAACUCUGAUGGCUCACAGUCAGUGUAAAAUUUUUCGUCUGGAAGAAAUAAAAGUUUAUGAAACAAUAGCAAAAGAAGACAUAUAUGAUGAAUUGUUUAUGGUCACCAAGAGCAAGGUGCCUAUACAUUCUAUGGUGAUGUUCAGUCCUUCUGGUGUCCCUGUCCUAAUUAACACACUAAGAAAGUUUCCACAGCUGUCAUUUAACUCACUGAAGAUUCUGGCAGUCGGCCCAACAACGGAGAGUGAACUACAAAAGCAUGAUAUCCCAGUGUACGCCACCCUCCGUCGGCCCGACCCCCAGAGCCUGAUAGAAUGCCUACAGAAGUGAGAACCCUCCCCCAGACAAAAAAAAAAUGGAGCCCCGUCGUUCAAUGGUCAAAUCUUAGUGUUCCUGCCAUUUUUUGUUAUAUCAAGUAUUUCAUAUGAACAUUGACCAAGUGUAUAUAGAAAAUGGACAUUUGUGCUCAAAAAUCACGUUUUUGCAGCCAUGUAUUUUUUUUUUUUUUUUUUUUUUUAGCAUUUUCAUAUUUUUUCUUUUGCCUAAUUUGGUUCGGGAUUAAAAUGCAAUUGUAAAUGUUAAAAUUGCCGAUAUCAUAAUUUUUCACAACGGUCUUUUUUUUCUUACUUGGUUUUGUUGGGGAGUGUUUUGGGGAAAUAGACUAGAUUUCUUUUGCUUAACUCUAAAUUUUGCACGUCUUUCACAUUUCAUUUCAUUUUGUAACAGUCCAAUUCCAGGACUGUUUCUUUGACUUUAUGGGUGUUUGGGUUUUUUUUUUAAAAAAUCUUUCUUUAAAUAGUCCCACAUCAGAAUAAUUGCACAAAUCACAUGUUUAUGGAGGCAUAUUUAUGUAUGCAGCAUAUUGUUUCUAGAAUUUUAAGUGAUAUGUGCUAAAGAUAAAGACAUGAAAGGGCAGCAAAAUUUGUAAGAUUUACAUGCAGUUUUUGAGAAGUUUAAUUUGUGCCAAUCUAUUUUUAUACCAAGUUUUAUUUUAAAUAUCAAAGUAUAUAUUUGUUUUGGUUGUUAAUUGUUCCACAUAAAAGAGGGGAGUUUUCAAAAUCUGUAUAAAAAAAGAACAGGGCAUCCUAAUUUGCCUUGUUCUGGGUUUCUCUAAAAAAAAAAGUUAUCACCAUUUUCAUUUUUUUUUUUUUUUUUUUUUUUUUUUUGCCUUCGCAUAAUUUCACUCAAUAAUUGGUAUUUCUGGCUGGGUUUUUUUCUUUAGUGAUUUAUAUAUAAAUCAUGCUUUUAUUUUUUUGUUGUUAGCUAAAUAGAAUUUUUUUUUCGAACUUCAUGAUCCGCUUACAUAUUCGCUGGUGUAUGUGUGUGGUGUGUGUUCGGUUUCUGUUUUGAUUUUUACACAAUGUGUUUUUGAUCAUAUUUGUUGAUGUUGCUUCUCAUCGUUCCGGUAAUUUGUUAACUGUGUGCUAUAUAUUUUUGUUUUAGAAGUUAAAUUAUGAUUAAAAUGCAAAUGAUUAAAAAAA